ACCACACCGCGCGGCUCCACCGCAGAAGCCGCCAUCUUCCACCGCCGAACCGAAACGAGACCGCGCGAGUUAAACACCCUAUCCUACUUCCUCCGUGUAGAAGCUGCCCUGCCACCCCGCCGAGGCAACGGCCAGGUGAAGAAUCACCAUCGUCGCCGCGACGGCUACUGAUCCUCACGGCGUAGGACACUCGGGAUAUCCGGCGCGCGAUCCACGAAGCGGAAAAAUCUCGCAAGGUUGGUGUUGGUGCGCGCGUACGAGGAUACACCGCGGGUCGUGUUCGUUGCCUCUCGAUUGUUCGCGAAGUUGAAAGUCAAGUCAACGUCAGUGUUCACAAAUUUCAUUCAGUUAUUUAAUGUAUACGUAGACAGUACGGUUUUCGUGAUUGAUCGAAGACUUCGAUCGGCGAGAGAGAUACACGUGACGUGCGCGGACCUUGCCAAAGUUCGGCGAAACUUCGCGCGGUGAGCGCCACGUACGGAAACAUAUGGUCUGAUUUGAAAGAGCCUCACGGUAAUAUAUCCCCCGUGUGCGCGACUUUGGUGGAAAUAUAGAGGGGAAAAAAAAAAGAGAUGGUGCGCGAACACACGAUGCCGACGUGAAGCGGCGUUGUAGACACGCGCGCUAAGAAGGAUAUCUUCAUAGGGCACCUGCCUCCGAAACUGACUUUCGACUCAACGAUCGGAUUUAAGUGUUUCGAACAGUCGCGAGUGCUCCUUCGUCUUCGACGAGGAAGACUGGCUGGCGGAAGAUUCGAUCAAAGAAAAUACGGGAAUACGUAGAAACGAGGGUCGUCGAGAUUGCCGACGAUUCCAAUAAAACGAAUUUUCUCCGCGAGUUGGCAAUCGAGACGAAGAAGAAUUUGCAAACGGAUGCCCCUGCCUCCGCCCCUCGUGGGCUGGAUAAUGAAAUAAGGAUCAAAGAAGCCUAAGGCCCGCGAGGGCCGAGCGAGCCGCCGAAUAGUCGCGCGUGCCUCUCUCUUCGAUCCCGAAGAAAACAAAUCCAAUUCUCGCGCGUGGAAGAGGAUAUCGCCUCGUGCAUUCGUAAUGUGUUCCUCGCUACUGGUGAGACCAACUUGUGAUUGCAAGGUGCAACUCAAACUGCUACCGAGCAGACUUGUUAUAUUGGCCAAUCUCGCGCGUCGAAUAUAACAAUCGAUUCUAACGAAAACAAAGUUCCAGUGCUUGCGGAAUAAAGGAUCGUAACUACUCAACAAAGUAAUAUCACAAACGCAAACGUAUCAUCGAAGGACCAAGCAUCAUAUCGAAAUCGAUCGCGGAUCACGUGUACAGAUUCACUUCGUCUAGAAAUUCGGGAGAGAUCAGGCGUGAACAAUUGAGCAGCGGAAGCCCACGGGAAAAGGUGACUUGUCAGUCGAGAGAGCGAAUGACAGCGUUCUCAUGACGAAUCCUUCGCGAGAUGCUCGACCCGAGGAUCGGCCUCCCGGUCUAGACUAUCCCGAUCCCAGAUCAGUGCGUGGCAGCCAUCAGGCGCAUCAAGCAGUGAGCCAAAUCGGCGGGCCGAGAUUACGGAGGACCCGGGGCUCGUCCUCGAGGAGAAGAAUGCACUUGGCCAACGAGGUUCCCCCUCAAGGUUCGGCCGGCGGAAAUCAUCUCCCCGAUUAUGCUCUCACCGCCGAUCUGCUUGCCGAGAGAACGCUAGAUGGGCUUCUCGCCGAGCAUCCUGGAGAACUUAUUCGCACAGGCUCCCCACAUGUGGUGUGCACGGUAUUGCCGUCACAUUGGAGAUCGAACAAAACCCUUCCGGUGGCCUUCAAGGUAGUAGCCCUCGGCGAGGUCGGAGAUGGUACCCUCGUGACCGUCCGUGCCGGAAAUGAUGAGAACUGUUGCGCGGAACUGCGAAAUUCUACCGCCCUGAUGAAAAAUCAGGUUGCCAAAUUCAACGAUCUUAGGUUCGUCGGUCGAAGCGGCAGAGGGAAGAGCUUCACCCUGACGAUCAUGCUGCAGACCUCGCCGCCGCAAGUUGCCACCCUGUCGAAGGCGAUCAAGGUGACCGUGGACGGUCCAAGGGAACCGCGAUCGAAGACAAGACAUCAGGCCUUUCAUCCCUUUCACUUCGGACCUCGUCCAUUCCCCUUUGGACAUCCGCAGGAUCCGCUGGGAUUCAAACUGUCGGGAUUGCAACACCUGGGUCUAGAGCAAGGAGCGGGUCAGGGAUGGGGCGGGCUACCCCGAGGAUCUCUACCACCGCACUGUCUUCCACCGCCCCCCGGUCAUCACCCGCACACACAUCCACAAUCGGUUGGUGCAUCGGCCUUCAACCCCUUCCAUCAUGCUAUUGAACAGAGAUCCCCGAGGCUGCCUGGACCCAAUCCCGAAUCUUCGAGGAAUGACUUGGGUCCUAUCAGCGUAUCGGUGAGGGAAGUAACGCCGACCACAUCACCGGGGAACCCCGGACCGGGCUUGUUGACGACGGCUUCAGUGACAGCUCCGACGCCUCCCGCCGAGUCGACCACUACUACAACGACACCCAGCCCGUCUGGCCAUCAUUCACACUUUCAAGGUCUUCAUUUGCUGGGUGCCACGGGAUCCAUCUUCGGAUCGAUAUUCGCGCCAUUAUUACCGCAGUCCUCUUGGCUCUACAACCCUUUGUAUCACACGCAACAGUACAUCCUGGAGCCGGAAUGGCACGCUUUGGCCUUGAGAAUGGCUCAACAGCGAUUGCAGAGACCGGAUCAUGCCCGAUUGGAGGAACUCAGGAAACUCAGAAGCAGCAGCGACAGUCCUGAGAGCAGCACGAAAGACGAAGAACGGAGGGGAGACGAUCAAGGCGCUUUACGGCGAUCCGGACUGGAUAGUCCUGACGAUAGUAUCGAAGUGGACGAUAAGAACGAUCAAGAUCUGAAUAGAGACCGCAUUAGAAGCGAUGAGUCUAUACCCGAGCAAGACUCUCCGAGAAUCUCGCCGAUCAGGAGCGACCUGGAGGACGCAACGUCCACAGACGCCACUUUUCAAGAGGCAUCAAUUCAUCUACGACAGAGUAUAGAAAACCUGAACGACUCGGACCUCCAAAUCGAUCAGGAUCAGAUCGCUCGUCGCGGUGACCUCACGGUAAAAAUCCGUCUAGAAGGUACGGUCGAUCUUAGCACGAAGAAAGGUCAAGAUAAGGAAAAUGUCGGCCAGGAUCUGACGACGCGAAGAAAGGAGGACGGGAUAGAUGUCGAAAGAGAAGCUAUCAGGUCGCGAAGAGAGAGAAGUCCUAAGCCUAGACAGGUGUGGAGACCUUAUUAAGCCUAAUUAAAGCCAGUACGUUCGUUCCGCGAGAAUCCUUCGACCGCGAAGCGCGAUGAUUUUAACGAAUUUCGACGAUCAAAGCGAGAGGAAUGGAUUUGAUUGUCGAAGAAUACAGAUUAAAUUAAAUACGAGCUAGGCAAAUUUUAUCAUAUGUUUUUUUUCCCCCCUAAGAAAAAAACUAAUUCGCUGAGAACUCGGUGAUAUUGAUUAAUCCCCCGUCUCGAUAAUCGGAGACUGACCCCCAAAGGAGCUUGCACGAUGUUGUAGAAUAGUUUAGCAAUGCUAAGCGAUAUAUCACCAUCGUCAAGUUGUCGAGAGAUAAACGGGACAUGCCCCGUUGGAUGAUAGAACAUCUCGCGCGAUGUGGCGCGAUAAUCGUCUGCUUGGAAAUUAAUUAUCAAAACUUUCGGACGAACUUUUUUGUCGAGGUUACUUAUCUACUACGUAUGCCCGUUGCGGUAUCGUCUGAAAACUGUCAUGGACUCGAGGACUAACCAGGGUUUACGUUCGCAUAUAGUAUGUACAUAUAUACAAUGACGUCCGAUUAUUAUAUAAGUUAAUGUUUCAAGUAAACGUUAAGCACACACACUACCCUCUCGUCAUUCCGACUAAGAAUAAACUUAAACUUUCUGAAUGUUCUAUCGACUACACGAAUAUACUGUUGAAGCGCGCGCAUACAUGUGUAUUUCAAUUCCGAAGAACGAAGUCGGGACGUACAUUUUUCCUCGCUUAUUUUCCUCGAUACUGUGCUUGUCGACUUUGGAAAAAGAAAAUAUUCGUGUGGCAGAUGACAUUUGGGGGUUUCCUGGUACAAGUGAAAUUACGAGCAGCCUCUUCGUUGUAAAUAUCACUAUAUAUUAAAAAUUUCAAAAUCCCAACCGAGUCACAUCCUUUAUCAAGCCAUCGUCUCCUUUUUACAAGACAAUUGUAUUUGGGGGCGAUAUUGGUAUCGAUAGAAAAGUGUCAUUAUAUAAUUAUCGUUUACACAUGAGCCACGAGUCGUUUUGACGACGCUGUAUGUACGCGUGACUACUGGCCUUAAUCAAAAAUCAUUUAUUGUUUAAGUACGUCAUCAAAUAAAGUAAUAUCAUCCGUUC